CACUGCGACGCGCCAUUGCUGUCCUCAUCAGACUAACGCGGUCGGUCAUCAUGAAAAUGUGGCAGAAUAAUGAAAAUCUGAGGGCGUAUUACUGGCGGGAAUUCCGAAUAUCUCAAUCUUCCCACGAAGAAUAGUUCACUGGAACGACGCUCAAAGUCGCCAUUUCUCCUUCCAGAGCAUAUCGGUGUACCCUGACUUCAACCGCCAUCCGAUCGGACCGCAGAAAAAAAUGGUCGAGAAUUCCAUGUAACAACGGAUAUUUGAACACAGACGACGGAGCGACGCGUAGCCGGACAAUUCUGCAAAGAACGACUGCCGGAUUAAUGGCAUUUCUAUUGAUUUCAAUGGAGAAAGAUGAUUGAUUGUAUGACCCCCCCCCCAAAAGAAUGGAUAAUUCACCAGCAGCUAGGCCGAAUUUUAACAGGAUGUGUCAAAAUGUUAAACUUCAAUUUCAGUUUCUUGGCUCGGAGAAUGGUAUUGACUUUGGCAUUGUAUGUGUUCCAAAAUGCUGGCGCACAAAAGGCAUUUUGGAGAAAAUUCAAGAAAAACACCAACUGCAAAGGAAAACGUUUCCCGGUGAUGCGCAAAUUGGAAGAUGUAUGAAAUUGGUGAUCAAUUUUGAUGAACAGAUAUUUAAUUUUUUGAACAUGGUUUUGUGCAUUUUCCAACAAGAAUACACCGAAGCAGAGUAUUUGCCUGCUUGAUUUCCAAUAGUGUCGGUGCCUUCUUGUUUUGCCCGAACAAUGAUUAACCCGGGUGACGUCACUCGCCGCUGGAGACGGCACGCGCACCGUCCCGCUCCAGAGCUCUCUCUCUCUCUCUCUCUCUCUCUCUCUCUCUCUCUCUCUCUCUCUCUCUCUCUCUCUCUCUCUCCAUUUCUGUUUCAGCACCAUGCAGCGUGCCAGGACACCUCUGCAGCUCCUCAUCACCUCAUCCACACUUCAUCACCAUCGUCAUCGUCAUCACCAGGAGGCGCGCUCGGUGGGGAUCAUCGGCGCGCCUUUCGCCAAAGGACAGCCCCGGGACGGCGUGCAGCUCGGACCGGACGUAAUCCGCGCCGAGGGACUCGUCCACAAGCUUCGGGCGCAAGGCUGCAUCGUGAAGGAUUAUGGGAAUUUGACCUUUGAGGACGUGGUGCCCGACGAGCCAGUGGGACGGGUGAAACACGCCCGGGCGGUGGGCAACGCCAACCGCAGGUUGUCGGAAGCGGUGCGGGCGGUGAAGCGCGAUGGGCACGCCGCGGUCGUGCUGGGCGGAGACCACAGCCUGGCAAUGGGCUCGGUGCACGGGCACGCCUCGGCGGUGGGCGAUCUGAGCCUGGUUUGGGUGGACGCCCACGCCGACAUCAACACGCCGCUCAGCACGCCCACGGGAAACAUGCACGGGCAGCCCGUGUCGCACCUGCUCCACGAGCUGCGCCCAAAGAUCCCCGUCCUGCCGAACUUCUCGUGGAUGACGUCGUGCGUGUCGGCCAAACAUUUGGUCUACAUCGGCCUGAGAGACCUGGACCCCGAGGAGCAUUACCUCCUGAAGCUGGCGGGCGUGAAGGCGUUCUCCAUGACGGACGUCGACCGUCUGGGCGUGGGCCGCGUGAUGGAGGAGACGUGCGACUUCCUGUGUAAACGCGGGGCGGAGAGACCGAUCCACCUGAGCUACGACGUGGACGCCUUGGACCCGACCGUUACCCCGGCGACGGGGACGCCCGUGCUGGGCGGCCUCACCUACAGGGAGGGCGUCUACAUCGCGGAACGGCUCAGCGACACCGGGUCGCUGUCCGCGGUGGACGUGGUGGAGGUGAACCCGGCGCGCGGCGCGACGGAACGCGACGUGCGCUCGACGGCCCGGGCGGCGCUCGACAUUUUGCUGGGCUGCUUCGGACGCCGGCGGGGGGGGACCCACCCGCCUCAUUUCUGCCUGCCUGACGCAUGAAUGCACCAAAACUCUUUCAGCAAGUUAUUCCAGAAUCUUCCUAUCCUACUUAAGUUCCAAGUACUAGUGCACUCUUUGUCCUCACUAGCGAGACAAUUGAGCGCACUGGUAGAACGACUAAUCUUUUGUCCUUCGGCCGGAAGCUGGACAUGGUAGUUAUUGAAGAGGAAUUCUUCUGCUGGAUGCUGGUUUUAAAAAAGAAUAAUCAAAAGCUUGAAUCCAAAGAAACUCUCUCACGCAACAUUGAAUAAAAUCACUUUUAAAAAUAGUUAAAAUGUGUAUGUAUAAUAGUUUGUUUGAAUAAAAAUGAUUCAUUCUUAAAUUAAUUACAUUUAAAUAUAACCGAGUUUAAAAAAAAAAAAGUCAAAUGUAUACAUAAAAUUGUUUGUUAUUUUUAAAUGAUAUGUACAAUAAAUCAGUU